AUGCCAUGGUUUCAAGGUUGGAUACUCCAACGCACAGAAAAAAUAGUUACGGGCCAGACUUUGAUCGAAGCUUUCGAUGCACUCGUGAUAAAUCAGUCACUAAUAAACAAACCAUUCCGUUUACCUGUACAAGAUGUGUUCAAAAUCGCUGGCAUUGGCACCAUGGUCGCAGGUCGAGUCGAAGCAGGUGUACUGAGACCGAAUAUGGUCGUUAAAUUUGCUCCAUCGAAUAUCACAGCUACGGUUCAAGCGAUUGAAAUGUAUCAGACAUCCAUAGAAAAGGCUGUACCUGGUGACAACAUUGGUAUCCUUGUGAAAGAGGUCGAUCGGAAACAAUUACGACGUGGUCUCAUCUGUUGCGAUGCUCAAAACGAUCCGGCUCAGGAGACGGCAAGUUUCAUUGCUAAUGUUAUUGUACUCCAUCAUCCAAUUGAAAUCACGCAAGAUUAUACUGUUGCCCUUUCGUGUCAUACAGCUAACAUUCGUUGUUGUUAUAUUCAACUGUUGGAAAAAAUUGAUCGAAGAGCGGGCAAGACUAUUGAAGUCACUCCGAAAAGUCUCAAAUCAAAUGAAGCGGCCAUUGUGAAAAUUCUUCCAGUAAAGCCUGUGUGUGUUGAGACGUAUGAGAAAUACCCAUCGUUGGGACGAUUCACUAUUAUCGAUAUGAAACGAACCGUGGCAGUUGGGAUCAUCAAAGAAGUCGAAAAAAUGACUGUUGCAUCGGAAAAUAUGGCCACUUCAAUUAGCGUAUGCGACAACGAUACAAAACUAAAUUGA